AAAACUUCAAUAAAAACACUUUAAAUUGGGGACUUCAAAUUGAGCUCUGCCAAAAUCCAGAUCUUUUGCAUCAAUCGUAUGAGCAUAGGGUUAAGGAGAUUGGUGAAAAUGGCGGAACAAAUCAAUUCGUCAACAACAGCUGCGGAAGCGAAAAAGAGGUCAUUUUGGCCGUCAGUUCUUCGGUGGAUACCUACAUCUACUGAUCAUAUCAUUGCUGCCGAAAAACGCCUUCUUUCUCUUGUUAGGACUCCUUAUACUCAAGAGCAGGUCAACAUUGGGUCUGGUCCACCAGGUUCAAAAGUUAGAUGGUUUCGAUCGGUGAGCAAUGAACCAAGAUUUAUCAAUACUGUUACUUUUGACAGCAAAGAGGGUUCUCCUACUCUUGUUAUGGUCCAUGGAUAUGGUGCCUCUCAAGGUUUCUUCUUUCGGAAUUUUGAUGCCCUUGCAAAACAUUUCAAAGUUAUUGCUAUUGAUCAGCUUGGUUGGGGUGGAUCAAGCAGGCCUGACUUCACAUGCAGAAGUACUGAAGAGACUGAGGAUUGGUUUAUCGAUUCCUUUGAGGAGUGGCGUAAAGCCAAAAAUCUUAGCAACUUUAUUUUGCUUGGGCACUCUUUUGGAGGGUAUGUUGCUUCAAAAUAUGCUCUCAAGCAUCAUGAGCAUGUUCAGCAGUUGGUUCUGGUAGGACCAGCUGGAUUUACAUCACAGACUGAACAUAUGUCUGAGUGGAUGACCAAGUUCAGAGCAACAUGGAAGGGAGCUGUCUUGAAUCAUCUUUGGGAGUCUAAUUUUACCCCGAUGAAAAUUAUCAGAGGCUUAGGCCCAUGGGGUCCAGACCUUGUUCGCAGAUACACAAAUUCUAGAUUUAGUUCAUAUUCCAAUGGAGAUGAUUUAACUGAGGAGGAGUCCAGACUACUGUCAGAUUAUGUAUACCAUACUUUGGCAGCAAAACCGAGUGGGGAGCUAUGCUUAAAAUAUAUAUUUUCCUUUGGAGCAUUUGCAAAGAGUCCUCUUUUAUACAGAGCACCAGAUUGGAAGGUGCCAACAGCUUUCAUAUAUGGACACCAAGAUUGGAUGAAUUACCAAGGAGCGGAACAGGCGAGGAAGAAUAUGAAGGUUCCAUGUGAAAUCAUUAGGGUCCCUCAGGCUGGUCACUUUGUAUUUUUGGAAAACACAGCGGCAUUCCAUUCUGCUGUACUCUAUGCUUGCCGUAGAUUUAUCUCACCACAGGAGGACAAUAACUCGCUCCCUGAAGGCUUGAUAUCUGUCUGAAGGAGACACAUCGCCGUGGUGCUUUCGUUGCGUGUGGUAUAGGUAGAUAUUGUACAAUAGAUAGCAUUGAUUUAAAAUUCUCUCAAAUGUGUUAACUGGUCUAAGUAACCUAUCCUUUACAAUUUCUUAGAACAUAAAAUCAAUAUUGAGGAAGUCAUUAUGAAUGGGCAGCAAUCCGUUCGACUGUUCGUUCCUUGUAGGAAGUCAUGUAUAGAUAGCUGAAUGAUUUUUGUUCUUGAAAUCGCGUUUGUGUUCUUUUAUGAAUAUUAUAUCUCAGUAGUUACUAAAUCAAUUAGAUAAGUGUAUAGAUAAGAUUUGAAUCAAAGCGUCAAUUCUGAUUGUUUUGUUUCGA